AUGCUCCACUACACCGACACCGGCGAGCUCCUCUACCAGCAUCUCCAAUCGAAUUGCUUCCGGAAACCUCCUCGUCCGUCGGAGAAAGUAGACAAAUGCGUUCACGACGACGAGCCGUUCCAACUGUCCGCCCCGAAUCCCGCAAGCGUUGUAAGAACGGUUUACUCUUGUCAGUGUCAUGAAAACAUGUGCAACAGAAAACUGAAGACGAGCAUUAUAAGAGAGACAUUAACAACACAAAGCGAAACGUUUCCGACAUCAACAGAGUCGACGGUCACUCCUCCUUCGACUGCAGUCUUUCCAUUAACUGUACAAGUAACGACGUCUCUUUACUCUCACAUUGGAAGUUCAAGUGCAGUAUUUCUCACCACCAGAGCAGCAACACAGUCGACAUCACCCCAACCCUCCUCAGUCUAUCACUCAACAGCCACUGCAUCCCCACCCGUUCCGAUGGAAAACACAUCCAUGCCACUGAUUCGUACUGCUCACGGAUCAUCCAACCACAUGCAGAUGGCUCUCAUAAUCGGCAUCGCCGUCCCCGUCGUCACCCUCCUCGCCCUCGCACUCGUCGUCUUCAUGGUCCGACGUCUCCGCCGGUACGAACGCUCAAAAAAGGCCGAGGCUAGAGACCACCGUAUCAACUCCAUAUGCAGCUAUGUGGCCGACUCCGGUCUCGGAUCGGGUACCAGCACUUAUCGCACUUUCGAUUUCCAAGAGAUUCGUCUGGAAAAUCUAGUAAAAUGUGGUCGCUACGGCGUCGUGCGGAGAGCAAAUUUCAAGGGUGAAACAGUGGCUGUUAAGAUCUUUCAACACUCGGAACGCACGGCGUGGGCAACAGAGAAAGACUUUCUUCAAGAUCCGUCUCUCGUUCACGACAAUGUUGUCCACCUGAUUGGCGUAGAGAGUAAGGAUGUCGGAGACACUCGCGAGUAUUGGCUCGUUAUGGCGUACUACGAGGGUGGAAAUCUGAGCGACUUUCUCAAGACGAGUGUCCUCACUUGGAAUGACAUGUUGUUCCUCAGUCGAUGUGUUGUGUCGGCUGUCACCUAUCUGCACUCCGAGUCGGGUAGACAUGGUGUGCGGAAGACCAGUGUGGCACACAGAGACAUUAAGAGUGCUAAUGUUCUUGUGGAGAAUGCACACAGGUGUGUACUGGCCGAUUUUGGUAUGGCAAUUCGACUGAAGGACGAUAUUAGUAUGAAAGAUUUGGCUAACAAUGGGCAGUGUGGAACUGCUCGUUACAUGGCGCCCGAGGUGCUCGAUUGCCGAAUGAACUUAGAGGAUCUCAACUCAUUCAAGCAAAUCGACAUCUACGCUAUGGGACUGGUGCUAUGGGAGAUAGCAAAUCGAUGCAACCAUACAGGCGUGAGGAAGUACUUGCUUCCUUAUCAAGACGAAGUGGGCAUGAAGCCGAGCAUGUCGACGAUGCGAACGGUCGCACUGCUGCAGAAACGAAGGCCGAUGAUACCACAGGAAUGGCGUCAUAACAGAGGCAUGAAUAUCAUCGCCGAGACCAUCGAAGAGUGCUGGGAUGAAGACGCAGAGGCACGUCUACCCGCUCACUGCGUCCAACAACGAUUUCAAGAAAUCCUAUUUCCCAUGUACACAAUGAGAUCGCGCAGUACAGCAUCGAGAUCAUCGAGCAUCGCCACUCUCCGUUCUCUAAAACCCAAAACAAGCAUUGAAUUCUCAGAGACUUCAUUCCCAGACACAAUCGAGCUACCGGAGAAGGCAGAAACAGACAGUGGAGCGAGUCUACCCAACAGCUGGAAGGAUGAAUCGAAUGACACUGAAGUCAACAGAAUCAAACGAGAACGGUCGGCGACCAAAAGUGUUACAGCCUUUCCAACUAAUCAGAGAGACAGCGGAACAGCAUUGGAGGAGACAGAAACGGAGAUGAACAGAGAGAGAGAUCGAUCAGACGAUCACGUGGAUGAUGACCGAGAUCACGUGAUCAUACACAUGCAAUCGACAACAGUAAUUUGCAAUACGAACAAGAUAGCAGCAUACGACAUAUGA